CAGUUGGAGGUUCCAGUCAUCAGAGUUCCAGACACCAGAAUUUGCAGUGAAGACCAGACAACUCCUAACUGCAGGGAUGUGCUCCCUUCCCAUGGCAAGAUACUACAUAAUCAAAGAUGCACAUCAAAAGGUUUUGUACACCCGGAAUGGCCAGCUCCUGGUGGGAGAUCCUGAUGCAGACAACUGCAGUGCCGAGAAGAUCUGUAUCCUUCCUAACCGUGGCCUGGACCGCUCCAAGGUGCCCAUCUUCCUGGGGAUCCAGGGAGGAAGUUGCUGCCUGGCAUGUGUUGAGACAAGAGAGGGGCCUUCCCUGAAGCUGGAGGAUGUGAGCAUCGAGGACCUGUACAAGGGCGGUGAACAAACCACCCGUUUCACAUUUUUCCAGAGAAGCCUGGGCUCUGCUUUCAAGCUCGAGGCUGCUGCUUUCCCUGGCUGGUUCCUCUGUGGCCCAGUUGAGCCCCAGCAGCCAGUGCAGCUUACCAAAGAGAGUGAGCCCUCUACCCUUACUGAGUUCUACUUUGAACAGAGUCGGUAGGGAGGCCUAAGACUAAGGUCCAGCCUAGGACCUCCAAACUGAGCCCAUCUUGCUCAGAGUCUGCAGAAGGCAGAAUGACAGUCCAUCAAAGAUGUCUGAGUCUUGAUCCCUAGAAUCUAUAGCAAUCUUACAUUAAUGACAAAGGGGACUCUCCCUCCAAGGUCUAUUUGGACCCAGUGAAAUCAUAUGAGGCCUCAUGAGAUGGAAGGAGUUGGAGAGAAACUGGAGUGAACUUUGCUACUGAAUUUGAGGAUGGAGAUAGAGACUAUAAAAUGAUGAAUGCACGUGAUUUCUACAAAUUGGAAAAGGCAAGAGCUCUCCUGACAUCGAUUUUGGACUUUUCUGGCCUCCAGAAUUGUAAAAUAAUAUCCUUCCAUUGUCUUAA